AUGAGGACGCGCGCCCAGGCCGGCGCCGUCGACACGGCUCUCAUUUCCCAAGCCUUCUCCAUCGACGAGCCUCAGCUUGAUUCUCUUCUGGAUGCUCCCACCCAAGAUUUGAUCAAGGACUUUCUGUCGACCCUCACUGCCAGAGCAAAGGACUUUGACGACCUCAGGGCCGACAAGCUCAGAUCCGAUGUUGAGCUAGAGAACACCGUCCGUGCCGGAGAGUCAAAGGUCAAGGCUCUCAAGGCCACUCUGAACAAGAACGCUCAAGAAAUCCAGGACCUGCGCAAGUCUCUCGAUGAUCAGCAAAACGCUCGCGCCGAGCUUCAGACCGAGCUCGACUCUGCAAAGGCUUCAUCGUCAGAUUCAAACUCCGAACUCGACACUCUGCGUGCCCGCAUCGCCUCUCUCGAAACGUCCAAUCGCGAGACUCUUUCCGUCCUCGAAUCAAAGUCCACUGCUCAUGACGACCUUGCUCAGGAACUUGCUACCCAACACCAGAAGAUAAUCUCCUUGCGUCGUGACAUAUCCGCAUUGGAAGAGAAGAACCAGUCUUUGGAAAAUGCCGCAUCAAGUGCCAAGUUCAAGGAGCAAGCUCUUCAGCAAGAGGUCGAUCUUCUCAAGCGAAACAACGAGUGGCAUGAAUCUGAACUCAAAACGCGCACCACCGAACACACAAAGUUCCGCAAGGAAAAGAAUGCUCGCAUUUCUGAAUUGCAGCGCGCCAACGAGGAUGCAAGCGCCACAGUCGACGCUUUGAAGCGUACAGAGACAACCCUUCGCCAGCGCCUGGAAGAGCUGGGCCAAAAGGCAGAUGACGCCUUUGCCAAGAUACAACAGAUGCAAGAAGGUGCUUCCAAGGCUGAAGAAUCUUUCCGUGUCGAGCUAGACAGUGCCCGUAGACUCGCCGAACUACAAAAGCAGAGUGCAGACACCGCCAAGGCACGCCUUCUGGAUCUCCAGAACAACAUCGAUCAGACCAAGGAGAACGCAGCAGAGGAAGUUGGCCAGCUUCAGGCCGAGAUCGAGACUGAGAGAGCCGACCGUGAGGCUGUAGAAGCCAAGCUUGCCGAACUGGAACUCGAAGUCGAACGCCUCCAAGCUGCCGCUUCUGAGGCACAGAACAAUGCUUCCGUCAUGGCCACUCCCAAACGCAACUCUAAUGGCUUAGCACCAGCAACCCCUGGACGUGAUGGAUCCCCCGCCCUCUUCACCCCUGGAUCUGCACGCAUGAAGGGCAACAUGAACUUCACCCAACUCUACAGUGAGUACAGCACCAUGAAGUCAGACCUUGAGGCAGAGAAGCGCAGGAAUUACCUGUUGAGCAACGAGCUUGAUGAGAUGAUCCGUGAUCUUGAAAACAGGGGUCCUGAGCAGGAGGAAUUGCGCGAGGAGAAGGAACGUAUCGAGGCUGAGAUCCUGGAAAUGUCUUCGAUGCUCGAUGUAGCCUCAACUGAACGUGACGAAGCACGCAAGGAAGCGCGCAACCUCAAGGGUCAAACCGAGGGACUUUCAAGAGAAGGCGAUAUUCUCCGUCAACAGCUCCGCGACCUUAGUGCACAGAUCAAGAUUCUUCUGGUCGAGAUGCAAGCUCGUGAUCAGGGGUUGGACGCUCUUGACACUGCAGGACAGAUGCAGCUGCAGAUGAUUGCCAACGGUGAGCUCGACGAUCAAUCCUCGGCAGCAGACGAGACCUCUGCAGGAGCCUUGAUCAGUCAAAGGCUGUUGCUCUUCAGAAAUGUUCAAGAACUGCAGGAGCAAAACGUACAGCUUCUGAAACUCAACCGCGGCCUUGCCGAUCGCAUGGAGGGUGAAGCUGCAAAGGCCAAACAGUCCGAGACUGAACAGGCGUUGCAGGAGCUUGACGAGCUUCGUGACCGUGUUCAGAGACACCAAGACGAGAUCAAGUCCAUGACCACACAGUGUGAGAGUAUCAUGCGUGAGCGUGAUAUGUUCAGACGUAUGCUCUCUCAUCGUGGACAGUUGCCAGCCGGUACCGAUCUUCAAGCUGCCUUCGGCAGAUCCAUGGGCCCCAUCCCGUCAACUCCCCCACCAGGCGGCAUAUCGCGAGAUGUAGAGGACACACCCCGUUCUAAAGAGUUGUCCGACUACUCCAAGCUUCUAAAGGAGAUGCAGAAUCACUUCGACGCCUACAGACAAGAGGCUGCAACAGAUCACAGCACGCUUAAGCAACAGGUCGACAAACUCGCUCGCGAAAAGGGCGAACUGCAAGGAGAGGUUGCUCGCUCAGGUGGUCAGGUUACGCUUGCUCAUGAACGUUACGAGAUGCUUCAAGCCAACUACGACAUGCUCAAAUCGGAAAACUCCGAGCUGCAAAAACGAUCCCAAUCUUUGGCCGAAAUAGCGGCCAAGCAGGAUCUUCGAACACAACAGGUCGCCGAAGAGCUGGUGGAGGCUCGCUCCCUUGCCGACAGCAUGCGCAACGAUACUGCCAACCUCAAAGCAGAGCGUGAGCUUUGGAAAAAGAUCGAGGCUCGUAUGACAGAGGACAACCAUUCACUCAUGAAUGAACGUAGCCGCCUCAACAAGAUGAUCGCAGAUCUUCAGACCUUGCAGAACGAGCGUGAACUGGCCGAGUCUGAAAGUCGUCGUAGACUCCAAAACAGAGUAGAGACGCUCGAGACUGACGUUGAUGCUACAAAGAAGAAAUUGGAAACUGAAGUCGAGGAGAGCAAGAAGGCGGCUCUGAGAAGAGAGUAUGACCAGGAACAGAGCAGGACAAGAAUCGAUGAUCUGGUUAAGAGUCUGUCAAGCGUUCGCGAGGAACUUGUCGCAGCCAAGACGACCCGCGACCAGCUCUCAACCAGGGUAGAAGAGCUCAAGAUCGAACUCCGCACAUCAGAAGAACGCGUGCAAGCACUCCAGCCCCGGCCCACUCCUCAAGCGGAACAACCUUCGGAGAGCAAUGCUGAGGACGCCCUAUCUCGUGAGCAGGAGCUCGCUCUCGAAGUCGCCGAUCUCAAACAUGACCUUGAACUGGCUCGUAGUGAUCUUGAAAACGCCAAGGUCCAAGUCGAGCAGUACAAGAACAUCAGCCAAGCAUCAGAGGAAGAACUCCAGAGCCUCAACGAAACCAACGACCAAUACCGCGAGGAGAUGGAUCGUAUCAUUGCCGAAAAGGAUGAGAAGAUCAAGGACUUGGAAAGCAGAGUGGAGGAACUAGGCACCGAGCUGUCUACCACCAACAGUGAGCUCUCAACCCUGCGUACCCAGCACGAGGAGAGUGCUAUCCAACUGGAUGACCAGAAGCGUCUGCUUGAGGCCGAAAUUGCUCGUCUCCGCGACGAGUCCGAGCGUUAUGCCGAAACUGCUAAGCUCCACCAGGAGGACCUCAAGGCACAGGCAGAGAUCGCACAACAAGCCCAACAAAGCUACGAGAAUGAGCUGGUCAAACAUGCAGACGCUGCCAAGAACCUUCAGUCAGUCCGUACCGAGUACAACCAACUCAGAACCGAGGUUGCUGCAAUCAAGGCCGAGGCUGAAGCUGCCAAGGCCACUUUGAGCCAGAGCGAAGAGAGCUGGUCGGAAGUGAGGGAAAGAUACGAGCGCGAGUUGACCGAAGUCAGGCUUGGGCGCGAAGACCUCAAGUCUCAGAACAAGCUUCUUCACGAGCAGCUCGAAUCUGUCAGCAGUCAAAUCUCUGACUUGCAGCAGAAGAAGAUCUCAUCUGAGGAGCAAGACGAAUCUGAGCAAAUCCAUGGCUCCGAGUUUGAGAAUUUCCAAGAAGUCAUCAAGUACUUGCGUCGGGAGAAGGAGAUUGUCGACGUUCAGUACGAGCUUUCCACUCAGGAAAGUAAGCGUCUCCAACAACAACUCGAAUACACGCAGAUGCAGCUCGAUGAAAUACGCCAGAAACUCGGCGAGGAACGUCAACAGCAUGCCGAUCACGAAGCAAACACUGUCAGCCACAACAAGCUCGUGCAGACCAUCAACGAGCUCAACGUCUUCCGUGAGAGCAGCACCACCUUGCGACAAGAGGCAAGACAAGCCCAGACGCAAUUGGCAGAAAAGAUCAAGGAGAUUGAAAGCUUGACCGGCCAGAUCCAGCCUCUACAGACUCGCAUCCAAGAGGUCGAGAAUGAAUUGGAGACAAAGGAAGGUGAAAUGAAGCUAAUGCAAGAAGAUCGUGAUCGCUGGCGAGACCGUACACAAAACAUCAUUUCCAAAUACGACAGAGUCGAUCCUGCCGAGAUGGAAGCGAUGAAGACCCAGAUUUCGGACCUUCAAGCCGAACGUGAUCAAUUGACCACUGGAAAGCAGGAAUUACAGACUAAGGUUGACGCCAUUCCAGCAGAGUUACAGCAAACCAAGGACGAUGCUGAGAAGCAAUGGAAGGAACAAAAGGCCAAGUUCGUUGAGCAGGCAAAGGCAAGAUCUCGCGAGCAAAGCGCAAAGAUCAGAGAGCUGGAGAAAGAGCUUGAAAGUAUCAAAGAGGAAAAGACUCAACUCACUCAGGAACUCACUCAGGUCAAGGAGGAGCUCGAGUCUACAAAGACUUCCAGAGAUGAAGCCGUGGCCAACGCCGAGGCUGCAUCUCAGCAAUUGUCGGCUCAGUCCCAAGCCGAAGAGGGCCAAAUCCAAGAAAACGGUCAACAAGAGUCAUUGGCGCAAUCACUAGAGCAGUCAGAGGCCAGAGCAUCUGAAGAGGCUGCAAAGGCUGCUGGACUGUCGACCCAGGUCGAGUCUUUGCAGGACAGGAUCUCCGAGCUUGAGGCUCAAGUCAACGAUCUCCGGCAGCAACUCCAAACCAGUGCAGCUAGUCUUUCAGAUGUUCAAAACCAAGAGCAACCGACUCAAGAGACAACACCUCAAUCUGGUGACAAUACCGAGCAUCUGGAGAAGUUGAGACAGGAGCUAGCUACUGCACAGGAAGAAGUGGAAUCGCUCAAGGCUGCUGCAGCCACCAACGCCACUCAGCAAGCACCAGACCAAAUCUCGGAUGUUGCUGCCAACACUUCAAGCGCUGAGGCAAAAUCUAUCGCCGAACAAGUGAAGGAGCAAGUUGCCAAACUGCGCGCCCAACUUGAGGAGCAGCACAACCUCAGCAAGGAGCAGCUUGAAAGCCUGUACAAUCAACGAACCAAUCUCAUGAAGUCGAAGCUCAACCAGAAGCUCCGAGAGGACAAGGAGAAGACCAAGGAGGAGGGUCGUCAGGAGGCUAUUGUCAAGCACAGUGAGGAGCUACAAAAACUUCGCCAGGACCAUGAGGCCGCUAUUGCACAACUCAAGGAAGAGCAUCGUCUCGAAAUUGAGCGCCUUACCAAGGAAGGUCAACUUGCGGUAGACCAAGCACAAAUCAAGGAGCAACCCGCAGCUUCUUCUGAAGAAGCACCCAGUCAGCCUCCCGUCGACAAUGCCGCUACAGCGAUUCCGGCUCAAGCUACGGCGUCUGAUGUUGACCCAGCUCAGCUGGUCUUCACCGAUGAACAAGCCCGUACACUGAAGCCGCCCGACUCAAGCAAGAGCACGAGAAGGUUUUGCAGGAGAAGGCAGAAGAGGCUCAGAAGGAGAAGGAGCAGGCUCUGCAAGAAAAAGGCCGAAGAGGCCAAGAAGGAAAGGGAACAAGCCUUGACCAAGGCCGUCAAUAUGGAGACCAUCAAGCAAAAGGCCAAGCUUGGCAUGGCCGAAGGACAGACACGAGCCGCCAAAGCCAAGUUGGAUGUUGUCGAGAAGGCCGCCACCGAGACACCUCAACGACCAGUCGUCGAAGUAUGGGAGGUUGCCAAAUCCACCAAGCCCGCGCCUGCUGCUUCCCCACUGCCGCCUCAGGUCAACAAGCCAGCCCAGUCUCCCAUGAGCUCUCCCUUCAAGGCUUCUGGUCCUGGUCUUCCGCAAUCGCCAGGCAUGCCUCCUCCUCAGGCUGCUCAGUCCAAUCAACCCACACCCAGCAGUCAAGCGCCACAAGACAAGAUGCAAGCAAGGAUGCAAAAGUUCGGAGCUCAGACUCAGCAACCACAACCGGGCAGUAGCUUUGGUCAACCGAGUUUCGUCCCGAACCAGGCUCCAUCUGAUGCUGUUUCUCAAGCAACCAACAAUGCCACUGCACAGUCGCAGGCUGCAGCUGGUACACCGCCUCAGACGCCAGGCGCACCAUUGAGACCAGUCCCUCCAGGUCAACAAGCCGCGGGACCUGGUCCCGCGGCGGAAGCAUGCUACCGCGUGGCGGUGGUGCAUUCCGUGGCAGAGGUGGACUGGCACAGCCUGGUGCUCAGAACGCGCAAGGUCAGGGAAUUAGCGUGCAAAGGCGCCGCUGGCCAGGCUCAACGUGGUGGACUACCUCGCGGUGGUAUGGGUAGAGGAAGAGGCGGCGGCAGAGGGGGCAUGAAUCCUGGCGCACAACAGUUUGCACCGGGAACACCUGGACUUCAGGGCAACAAGCGUCCACACGAGGGCGGUGAUGAGGGUGCCGGUAAGAGGAUGAGAGGCGGAGCUGGAGGAGGUGCUUAG